AUGGUCGGUCCACUCGUCAGCCCCCGCGAUCGCCUUUGUCACCAGCACGUCCCGAUGAUCUCGCCUCCGGACGAGGACAUAGUCCAGCAGGUGCCACUGACGCGACCGAGGAUGCCUCCAGCUGGCAUUCUCUCGCUCCGACAGGCAGAAGAAUGUGUUCGUCAGGAUGAGGCAGUGUUCUGCGCAGGUGCGGAAAAGCAGCAGGCCGCUGUCGUUGGAGCCGCGGAGACCGUGGGGAGCCAGCACUCCCCUCCAGGCAGUAUGGUCUGUGCCGACGCGGGCGUUGAAUUCGCCAAGGACAAUCAACUUGUCCGCCUUCGACACAGUCGCCAAGAGGGCGUGCAGGUCCUCGUAGAAUUUGUCUUUUGCGGCGGCGUCGGGGCUGCUCAUCGGCGGAGCGUAGGCGCUGAUGAUGGUGGCGAAUUUGCCCCUACCCCCGAUCUGGAGAGGCAGACGGAGGCUCAUCAGACGAUCGUUGAUGCCCUGCGGCAAACAGGGCAGUCGUCCCACGAUGUCGUUCCGGAUGGCGAAGGCGACACCCGCGUCACGUCACUCUGCCCUGGGUCGACCACUCCAGAAGAAGGUGUAGUUGACACCCGCCUCCUCCAGUUGGCCUUCUUCGGGGAAUCGGGUCUCGCUGAGUGCGGCGAUGUCCACCUUGUAGCGCGCCAGUUCUCGUGCCACUAG